ACCUUAAAAGAAACGUCGCGUUGUUUGAGGCGUAUAAAAUAAAAUAAAAAACAACAGUCAAAUCGUAAUUCGCGUAUUAAUAUUUAGCGGAUACCUACACCGGCUUUUCUGCCCAAGAGAGGGAGAAAGAAAGAAAGAAAGAAAGAAAGAAAGAAAGAAAGAAGAAGAAGUCUGCCUGAUUGCGCACACCUGUCUGUCAGGUAAGGGAGGCGGAAGUUUGGCCGGAGACUCGAGUCUAUUAUGGCGACGCCGCUUUUUAAAUGUUGUUCCUUUACGGUCCUCGCGAUCAUCGGCCUGUCGUUGACGUCGUGCCACAACGAGUCCGUCGAGCCCGAGCUGUCUCUCCACCACGGUAACAUCCUGAGUCCUCUGCUGAAGGCUCUGUCGGAGCAGAACCCCUGGGGAGAUUUCACGCCGCGAGCCAAACCGGACUCCAGAUACGUGCGCUACAUGAAGAGACUGUACAAGCUGUCGUCCAAACCGGAGAGGAGUCACGAGGUCUCUCACCCGUACAACACGGCCCGCCUGAUCACCCCCCGGGAGGAGUGUCUCGAGCAAAACCGAGAGUUCUUCAUGCAGGACAUCUCGUACAGCCUGAAUCGAGUGAGGUCCCAGGAGCAGCUGCUGAAGUCGGUCCUGCUUUACUCGUUCGAUCACAACCACAUCGCCCCCUUCACCUCGCUCUGCCACCUGGACGUGAAGGAGCAGAAGCCCCCGAAGGACCCCAUGUGCUCUCCUCGCUCGGGCUCGCAGCAGUCCGUCCCUCUCCUCAGCUUCCGCGUCCACACCGAGAGGAGAGUGCGGCGCCGCUGGGUGGAGGUGGACGUCACCUCCUUCCUCCGUCCUCUCAUUCAAGCCCACAAGAAAGACAUCCACCUGCUGAUCAACCUGACCUGCGUGGAGGACGCGCUCAGACCCGGCGGCCGGGUGCACAAGAGCCCCGUGGAGCUCACUCACCGAUCUCCGUCGCUCCUCCUGUACCUCAACGACACCAGCGAGGUCGCGUACCAGAGGAGAGCCUCGCGAGGCCGGGUGGUGGACCUGACCUCCAACCUCUGGGACGGAGAGCCGGCGCGGAAGAGACGAGGCGCGCCGAGGAGCACGGACUCGCCCAUGUACGACUUCCCCGCGGACGACUGCGACCUGUACGACUUCAAAGUGAGCUUCGCUCAGCUCAAGCUGGACCACUGGAUCAUAGCGCCCCACAAGUACAACCCGAGGUACUGCAAGGGCCCCUGCCCGAGGGCCGUGGGCUACAUUUACGGGUCCCCGGUGCACACCAUGGUCCAGAACAUCAUUUACGAGAAGCUGGACUCCUCCGUGCCGCGACCUUCGUGCGUGCCUUCGGCGUACAACCCUUUAAGCGUCCUGACCAUCGAAAACGACGGCUCGAUUGCUUAUAAGGAGUACGAGGAGAUGAUCGCCACCAAGUGCACCUGUCGAUGACAUUCAUUUAGCUUGUUUGGAUUUUUUUUUUUUUUUUUUUUUUUUUUUUGCUGUUGUGACGCAUUGCUUUGUAAAACACCGACCUGUGUUUUAUUUAUUUUUUUGUUUGCACUGGCUAUUUCCACAAUGAAGAUGAUUAGUGACCGCAUCGAUUGGAUAACUCGCAGCGAUUUACUUUUCUACCUGAUUCAUUGAUGCCUGGAAUAUUCAAAUCGGUUACGCAGUUGAGUUCGGUGUAUUAUGGGGAUGUUUAAUUUGGUUUAAGGGAUUAUUUUAAGUUCGGUUCUUUCAUUGGUGGUCUAGUCUGGCACUUUCUAUUCCUUAAACAUGAAUGGCAGUGUUUUAAAUCUUCCAGUUCUGGACAGGAUAUAUAUAUAAAAAAGUGUAGUUCUAUUGUCUUAUCAGAACACUUUUACAUUGUAUUUUAAAACCUGGGAAUUGCAGACGGUUGUCUCAUGGGCAACUUCUCUCUUCUUGAUGUCCAGAAAAUAAGUUGCCUUAAAUGCGGGCAACUUGAUAUCGUGAGUAUUAAGAACGUAAUAGAUGAGAUUGUGUGUCACGUGACUAUUUAUAUUAUUUAUGUCUGUGUAAAUUAGUCAGGCUUGGCUUUGGUUUCACAAAAGAAAAAAAAAAAAAAAAUCCAAAUGUAAAAUAAAAGAAAAGUUAUGCAAACAAA